AAAUGGCAAGUUUCUUGUAUGUUUGUAAAAUGCAAAAAGAAGCAUGCUAUUAAAAGCAUAAUGUAUUGGUAAUAAUGCAGGCUCUAGUGCUGUUGAACAUGCUGCUACAGCAAGUGCAGCAGAUGCUUAUGCUAGCCCUGUGAAAGGUCUUUGUACUUCUGAACAGGCUCAAGAAGCCAUUCAGAAGUGCAAGAUAUUCCUGUGCUUUCUAAUUUCGUAA